CGCUCAACGCUAUCUCUAAUUAAGCUAAGCAAAACUGCACAUACACACACAGACCUGAAAAAUCAGUCAGCAAAAAUUUGACACAUUAACAAUGGCAAACCAUAACAUUCUCAUUUCCCUUCUUCUUCUUCUUCACUUAAUAUUUGUCUCUUAUGACGGACAUUUUUUCCGACUCGCCGAGGGAGGCAAGCGAAGAAUCCACAUCACUGACGAUGUGGAUGAUGUUAUCGACGAUGAGGAGGACGAGGCAUGGAAGGAGUGGGGAAAAAAAUCAACGGCUUCUUCUGAUAAUGAUGAUCCACCGCCUUCUGAUUUAUCCAAUAUGGACAUUGCUCAGAUCCAGGAGCUGAUGACCAAGCAACAUCACUCCGGCCCGGUGUUUGGAUUUGUUAAGCUUCGUUUGGGUGUGCGCAGGACUCCGGAUAUGGUGACUGGGAUUGCUUUAAAAUGGACAAAGGUUCUACGAACUGGGGCACUCGAGGUUAAAUUCAAUGGUGUUGAUACCAGUACUAUCAUGUUCACCAUGGAAAAGGGUCGCCAAGCAAUGGAGUUGAAGGAGUUCAUUUUAAAUCAGCCAGAGGCUUAUGAGAUCAAGAUAGGGGAUCAAAUUUACCGUCGGCCUGGAGAUCCUCCCUUGGAAGAAGUUAUCGAGAAGCUUCGGAGUAAGGAGAGAGAAGCUGAUGCAACGACUCCUUCCUCGAAGGGUGAGGAGCAUCCGAAAGAAGAAUUGUAGGAUACGGAAAAUGGGGCCCUUGAACACGAAAACGUUGGUUGAAUGAAGUGUCCAUGCUACAUAAAAUCAUAACAUUACUUGACUGUACAAUAAACUUCGAAGUCGUAACUUCGUAGUGCUUCAAUCACUCAUUUAACUUUGUAGACUUUGAACUUAAUUGACCUCUUAUUUUGUUA